AUGUUAACCAAAUUAUUAAAAUAUUCUUCGUUAUCUCUAGUAGUUGCUGUAAAACGUUCAGUAACUAAUAGUCAAUCUAAUUUUCAUUUGAGUAAUCAAAUGAAACUAUUAAACGAUAAUAAACAAUUCAAAAAGACACUUGAAUUAUUCGAUAAAUAUACGAAGAAUAAUACUAAAACAUUUUCAAGUUACAUCAUUACACAAGCUUUAAAAGCAUGUACUCAUCUAAAAGAUCUUGAACGUGGAAAGACUAUUCAUCAUCAUCUUAUUUUAUCACGUACAAAAGAUGAUUUUUAUAUAACAACAUCAUUAAUUCAUCUCUAUAUGCAGUGUAAUGAUAUAGCAUCUGCUGAAUUAUUAUUUAAUACAACAACAAAAAAAAAUGUAACAAUAUAUGGAGCGAUGAUGAAAGGUUAUAUAAAAAAUAAACAAGCAAGUAAAGCAAUUGAUCUUUUCAAUCAAAUUGAUAAACCCGAUGAAAUUAUUAUAAAUCUACUUUUUAAUACUUGUGCACAAUUAGGAACUUUAGAAGCGUUAAAUCUAGUGAAACAAGUUUCUUCAGAAAUUCCAAAAUCAUUCCAUUCAAAUUCGAUCCUUUUAAAUGCUCUCUUAGAUGCAUUAAUGAAAUGUGGUGAUAUUAAACAUGCAGAAUCAUUAUUCGAUAAAUCAAUAAAUAAAACAUUAGACAUGUAUGGAGCAAUGAUGAAGGGUUAUAUUCAAAAUAAUCAAGCAAAGAAAGCAAUCGAUCUUUUUAAUCAAAUUAAAAAUUCUAAUGAAGUUGUUAUUAUUCUCUUGUUUAAUGCUUGUGCUCAAUUAAAAACUCCAGAAGCAUUAAAUUUAGUUAACAAAGUUUCAAACAAAAUUCCAAAAUCAUUUCACUCAAAUUCUUUUAUCAAUACUUCUCUAUUAGAUGCAUUGAUGAAAUGUGGUGAUUCAAAACAAGCAGAAUCAUUGUUUGAUAAAACAACAAAUAAAACUGUAGAAAUGUAUGGAGCAAUGAUGAAUGGAUUUAAUCUGGAAAAUAAUCCAAUAAAAACAUUAAAUUUAUUUAAGAAAAUGAAUGUUGAUAAUAUUGAAGGAAAUAUAGCUAUUUUCCGUUGUGUUAUAAAAGCUUUAUCACAAACCGGUGAUUAUGAAUUAUCUCAAUCGAUUAUUAAACAGAUUCCCAAUAGUUUUUUUGUUAAUAAUCAAAUUCAGUAUGCAUUAAUUGAUAUGUGGGGAAAAUCUGGUCAUGUGGAUCUUGCAAAAGAGAUUUUUGAAAAACUUUCACAACCAAAUCAGGUCGAAUACACAAACAUGAUUAGCUGUUAUGGCUUAAAUGGAAUGGGUAUGCAAGCCAUUGAACUUUAUUAUAAGAUGCCAAAAGAAUUUCUAGACGAAGGAACAUAUGUUUGUAUUUUAAAUGCAUGUUCACAUUCAGGACUUGUUCAAGAAGCUCGUUCAAUCUUCGAAAGUAUUCAAAUGAAAACUGAGAAAAUUUAUAGCGCUAUAAUUGAUUGUCUUAGCCGUGCAUCGUUUUUUGAAGAAGCACAAAAAUUAAUUGAUGAAUAUGAAUAUGAUCAUUUACCAUCAAUAGUCAUUUAUAUGGCAUUAUUAUCAGGUGCAAGAAAUAUUAAAAAUGCUGGCUUAUCACAAAAGACAUACGACCAUAUGAAGAAACUUUUCUCUCAAUCAACAAAUUCUUUAACAUCAGCUGCAGUUCUUCUUGCAAAUACUUAUGCAUCAUCAGGUGAUAUUGAAAAAGCAUCGAAUAUUCGAGAUGAAUUACAAAAAUCAGGUCGAAAGAAAAAAAUGGGUAUCACACGUACUGUAGUUAAUGGAGAAAUCUAUGUAAGUGUACAAUUAUAA